CUAGAACAUCAUCAAUUCACUUAGCGCUGGGAACGGAGUUGGGCCGGAGAUAGUCAUGUUUUGGACUUCGGCUUCUCCUUGUGCUCUUUCUCACCCACCACGACCGACAGCUCCAUGUUCCCCGUUCUCGCUUUCCUGACUCCCCUGCUUUUCGGUGCCGCAGCUUCCGGGCAAGGGGUCGCGACGAAUGCUACCUGUAAUGCUGCCUCCCUUCAGUGGGUUCGUUGGUCUGAAUCGGACUCCCGGGUGGCAAGCGCUGAUUGCACCUCUCCUCCGAUCGACUCGUCCAGGCUUUCAAUUCUCGUCUGCAGAGUCCGUGUGUGGUUGCAGCGUACCUCGGGGGAGUAUGCGAUAAUGGAUGUCCGUGCUCGCAGCGUGUCAUUCCAGAAGACUGGGUCAUCCUCAUGCAUCCUGCUUCUUUCCAGUGUUCACCGUUCCGGCCUUAGGACCAAGUCAAGAAUACCUUGGCCCAACUGUUGCCCAGGCGAACCAAUGCAUUUGCAGCUCGGUCAUGUACUCGGUUCUGAGUGCGUGUGCUGGAUGCCAAGGCCGCGAUGUAUUGCGCUUGUAUGCAGAUGGUCCAUCUUUUCCCAGAACUGCACCACAACCUACAUUUCACGGUUCCCCGAGGCCAUCCCAUCAAACACAGCCGUCCCCCAUUGGGCAUAUCAAAAUGUCACCAUCUUCGAUGGAUUCAAUGCCACUGCGGCUCAAACGCAACUCAAUGCACCCGAAUCGACCGCUGGCGGGCAAGCAACGUCUACCGGCAUCCCCUCUGGACUUCCCUCCAGCCAUCCCAUUGAACCUGUUUCUGGUGGCAAGAAAGCCAACGCGGGUGCAAUCGCCGGUGGGGUCGUUGGUGGGGUCGUCGGCGCUGCUUUGAUAUUCGUAGUCGCAUUUCUUCUUGUCCGCCGACGGAAACACAGCGAUCCCCCGUCCAGGCUUGUCACCAGUGCGCCCGUGAGCAUGAGUUAUGCUGGCGAUCAUAUCACGCCUUUCACUGGAGGGUUGCCCGCAGCGAAACUCUAUAAUCCCGAUGAUCCGAGCACGUUCCCGUCGUCCAUUGUCAAACCAUUGUCCUCCUUUUCGGGCGCGCUUUGGAGGACUUAUAAAAAGCGCGUUGCCGCCGAUAAUUUACGUGCCUCCCCAGCCUCAUUCGAAGCCGGUGACCACGACGAGCGCCACGGAACAGCCGCGGAGUCUGACGUAGAAAUCGACUCGGACGACGACGAUCCUGCCGCGACUCGCGCAGCCAACUUCAACGAGAAGAACUCGCACACGCCCCGCAAGUGUCUUCCCUCGAACCACACGAUGUACAACUCGGCCGAGCUCAACAAGCAGGACUCCCCCAUCGCCCUCCAUGAUUGGAUGGAGAUGGUCGAGGACAGCGCUCACAACCAUGGCAUCGAGCCCGUUGAGGAGUUUCUGGCCAAUCUUAUGGGCCCCGGCGGGCCGACGAAAGAGUCUGCGGUGAAGCGGGCGACGACGAAAGCAGUCCAAGCCGGUGCGGCUGGACUGGAGAAAGCGAAGGAGCUUUACGCGUCUCCCAAGUUUGUCAGCGCCAGACAGGGGCAGAAGAAGAAACGUUAUGAGGCGGACAUGGAGGGUCCGAUCCGCGAUUAUCUGGCCGGCGUUGUGUCUUCGUUCUCCGAGUCGAAGAGACCCGAGGUUGCCGUCACUGCCAGAAAGACUUUCACCUCAGUCGACAAAUGUCACGUCACUCGACCCGAUAUCAGCCUGGGCAAGCCCGGUCUCAAAAUCAAUGAGCAAGAGUGGAAAUGGUCGAACACGCUGGUCACUGUGCAGCUCAAAUUCCACGAUCGGAUUCACGAGGACGACGGGACGCUGGGGACAAGUGAUAGUGCCCUGCAUGCGCUCGUCCAGCUCGCCAAGGAUGCACGGCAUCUCAUGAUGUCCUCCGACCGGUGCUUCGUCUUCGUCGUCGCGAUCUCAUUCGACACGGCGACACUGUUCCGCUUCGACACCGAGGGGUUCUUUACAAGCAAGCCUUUCAAUUGGCUCGAGAACCCGAGAUAUCUGCCCGAGUUCCUGUACCGGAUCUACCACCCCAGCGCGGGCCAUCCCCAAGCGACGCUGGGCGAGGACGAUACGAUCACGUUCACCGACAAGGCGACGAAGAGGCGGAUCUGGGCGGCGCUGGAGACCGAGGGCGACCACGUCGCUGCAUUCAAGGACGAAGAAACGGCGGUCGGGCGCAGCUUCUGUUUGACUGCCGCCGUCUUCGGCGAGGUGGAUGGGGAACGGGUGCUGGUCCCGGUCAAAUGCCACACGAUCGGCGAGCCGCUUUGGCACUCGCAUGGGCUGUUCGGGCGAGCCACGAAGGUGUUCCGCGUCAUGAUCGACAAGGAUCUCGAAGCAUACGAGCAGAGCUUGGGUGGCGACGAUCCGCUGCCGUGUCCGCAGCUCUACGCGCUGAAGGACUCCUGGAGGCAGGGCUGCCGUCGUCCCGAGGUCGAUUAUUACGAUCUGAUCGAGCUUUUCCGCAAGUCGGAGAAGGGCCAGGCUUUCAUCAAGCAACACAAGCUCGACGAGUCUGCUAUGGCGCGGUGCAUUGGGAGCCUCGAUCUCUCCGAUACGGUCAAAGACUUUCGCUUCAAGGAUGGAACAGGACCUGACUGGGACACUGCUCGACACAAGACCACGUCGGAGGCUGGAGACGGGCUUCACCGUUAUCAUACCCGGACGCUCCUGACGCCGGUGGGGACCCGGCUGGACCGAUUCACGAGCACGUGGGCUCUGGUCACGGCUGUUUACCAUGCGGCAUGCCAUCUGUUCAUUGCGUUCGAGGCCGGGGUGCUGCAUCGGGACGUCAGCGAGGGGAACAUCAUGUUUGCGGAAAUGAUUGGUCUCAAGACGCCUCGAGGAUUCCUUGUCGACUGGGACUACGCAGAGUUCACGGAAAAGGGGCUCGAGGCUUUCAAGAAGAACUUUGGAUCGCGACUGCACAGUGAGCAGUAUGAUUCUGUGGACAAGAGUUUGAAGCACAUCACGGUUCGGGCGACGCUUGUUCCUUAUCCACUGUGGUCUGACUCGUUCCUCCAGGGCACCUGGCCGUUUCUUGCCAUCGAAGUGAUGCAACACAGCCUCGGACAGCGUAAAAAUUUCAAGCACGGGUCGCAUCAUGAUCUCGAAUCCCUUUUCUGGCUUCUAUACUGGAUGGGGGUUCGACACACCAAGCAUCAUCUGCCGGCUGGCGACAGGGCCUGCACGGAGCUAUUUGAUUCUCGGGCUCCUGAGACGAAGAAGGGCACGAUAGCGGACACCGCGAAGUUCAGUCUGGACGGGAGAAAUGGCUUCCAUGUCAUUGUCAAUUUCAUUCGCCGCGACGUUUUCCAGCAAAACUUGGAGCCGCAACCGGAAAUUGAUCACAAGAGCGAUAAUCUGACAAUGAUUCGUCGGUUGAUGACACAUGAGGCCACGCUCAAAGACUUUCGGGUCGCUCUUGAUCGAUUGACCUACAACUGGCAUGAGAACGACGGCGCCCUGGUAUACCAUCCUCCCCCCCUGCGUGCGAAGGACGGGAAGAAACAACCCAGUCUGUUUCAGCAAGUCGUCGUCAACAAUGCUUCUCAGCACCAGUCCAAAUCUGGGUCCAAGAAGAGCGGAUCCCGGUCUCGACCGAACAACUCGUCUUUGAAGCGGCGACGAGCUGAAGACGAGGAUGAUGGGUGCAUCGGUCCUGCAGACGCUAGGCCUUCUAGCUCGAAAAAGAGGAAACCGUCGGUCGGACCAGAGGAGCCGGUGCCUCCAAAUCUACCGACCAAGAAAACCAACUCCGCCCGGAGGCGGGGCCGCUCAUCCAAGCCAGCGAGUCAGUCGUCGACUGGAACGCGCCGAAGCACUCGACUGAAUGGCACAACCUCGAAGUAG